AUGUCGUUUUCACUGGUUGCUUUCACCCUCCCUUUGGCUGCAGCCCGACAUGACACCGUCGUCAAAAAGUCCAAGCCGGUCCGAGUCACUACAGUUUUGCAGCUGCUGCGGAGGCUGCAGCAACGUCACUGCGAUGUGACUCCAGCAGAGGCUCAGCAGGUACUCGCAUCCUUCCAGAAGUCCCAGCAAUGGCAACAUGCGAUACAUGUCCUCCGUGCCCUUCAGUGUGCAGACAGCAUCAACUACGGUGCCGUCCUCAAUGCCUGUGCCAGAAGCAGCAGAUGGGUUGCUGCGUCGGCCCUGGCUUUGAACUUGAAGCAGCUGGGACUGGAAACGAAUGCGAUCAUGGAGAAUACGCUGAUCGACAGCUUGGCACCGCUCUCUGCUUGGGAGAGGCCGUUGGAGAAACUCAUGGCGAUGCGGCAGAAAGGAAUUCGCUACAAUCGUGCAAGCUUUGGGUCUGCAUUCGGCUCCUCUUGGCAGCAGGUGAUGGCGAUGCUCAGAGUCGCGACAGGACUCGACCUUCGGCCAGAUGUGAUCACUUUGGGUUCAGCUUUGCACUCGCUUUCCGAGAGCUGGACAAUGUGCCUACGCUUCCUCCUGCGCAUGAGAAGUUCCGCCUCCCGACCCAACAACGUAUGCCUGACAUCUGCGAUGGGCUCCUGUGAAAACUGGCAGCGUGCGCUGGCGAUAAGUUCGCGCCGCAGAGAUGGACUGGACGACGUUGGCUUAAGUUCUUUGAUUCUGGCGUGCCAAGCCACGUGGCAGACCGGGGUUCAACUUCUGGUAGAUGCAGGCAAGUGCCCUCGAAACAAGCGUUGGGACGAGGGCACGCCUUUGGGGGGAUGCGUGCAGGCUUGCUCCCGACAAAGGCAGUGGGAGACGUCGCAGCAGUUGCUGUCAGUUAUGCAGCACUGCUCGGUGCGCAAGGAUCUCUCUGCCUACGCUGCUGCUUUGCCGGACGCCCUCACGUCCGUUUGGUCUGCAGUCGUGCAGGCUGUGCAAGAUGCCAGAAGCAGCGGAUUCUCGCCACAACGCAUGGGCAGCUGGUCUUCCAUAUUGCUGGCUUUCAGAGACCUGUGUGCCGAAGGAUCGUGGAGAAUAGCUCUCUCCAGCAUGGACGCAUUGAAUGGAGGGAUGUUGCCCUCGCUUUGCAGAAGGAGUCUUGCCCAAGGCCUGUGCGAGCAAAGUUGCUGGCCGCUUGCCCUGGCCCUGGCGACCCUGGCGAGCUCGCCCGCUCCCAGCCUGCUGAAUGCUGCUUUGUCUGCCUGCCGAGCCGGUGGGAACUACGAGCUAGGCCGGAGCCUGCUGCUCCAGCACAUCACGGAGAGCUCGGACUCCGAGAGCCUCACCGUCAGCUUCAACCUCCUUUUGAAGAUCUGCGAAAGAGACGAGCUCUGGCAGGAAGCCUUGGACCUCCUCUCAGAGAUGUCCUCCUUGCAGGUCAGGAAGACAGAAGCGACUUUCACGGCCGCGUCGAGCGUUUUCCAGGGCGACCACUGGCCCUGGGCCUUGCACGCUUUGCAGGCCUCGGGGUUUCGGGAGCUUGCGGAGUCGGUCCAGGUCCGAACGGCCCUGAUCCAUGCCUUGGGAACCGACGCGCAGUGGCAAUGGGCUCUGCUUCAGCUCUCGGAAAUGCCAAAUCCUGAUCUGAAGGCUUACGGUGCUGCCCUCACUGCCUGCGAAAGAGGCUGCGAGUGGCAGAGGGCGCUCCUUCUGUUCCGGUUAGCUCAGCAUCUGCACUCGGCCGAUCUCCUCCUGUUUAAUGCCGCCAUCAGCGCCACGGAUAAAGCGGGAAACUGGAGAUUGGCUCUGGCACUGAUGAUGGAACUUGAAGCAACGCUGCAGCCUGAUGAAAUCACGCUAAGUGCUGUCAUCAGUGCCUGCUCCAGAGGGGCCCGGUGGCAGUGGGCGCUGGCGUUUCUGGCAGAGCUUCCCUCAAGAAGUAUACCAGCGAGUUCUAUCCCCUUCAACUCUGCGAUCAGUGCAUGCGAGAGGGGCUCUCAGUGGAUCCGGGCCCUGGUACUGCUUGAGGACAUGCUCAGGGAAAGCCUGCCGGUCGACGAAAUCACCUUCAAUUCAGCGAUCAGUGCAUGCGAAAAGGGAGAGCUGAAAACCUAG